UUAAUGAGGUAUAUAUCUCUGUCGUGAUGUUAUGAUAGAUGUGAGAGUUGCAACAACUCGUCCUCGGUCGGCCCGCUCUGUUUCUUCUUCGUCUUCCGCGAUCUCGGAGUCACGACCGCAGACCCAGCAUUGGGACACACGCAGAGGGAGGGGCAGAGGAGGAGAACGGAGAGAGGGAUAUGGGGCCGUGCCUCUCGAGACCGGAUGGGUGCGUCGGAGGGCAGCGGAGCUCGGCGGAAGGGACGCGGCGAAGGAGGAGGAGGAGGACGAUCAGGCGGCGUGCGGCGGCACGGAAGGUGAUGGAGACGAUCGACGAGGCCCAGGCCGAUCAGGCGCCCUACAGCAACCCCGCGUUCCGAGCUAUGAUAUCGACAGGGAGUACCGAGGAAGCAUGGUUCGACACAUUCUCUGCGGUUGCAUCAGAUGAGGAGGAUUUUAGGAGCGUUCAGGAUGAUGCUUUCUCCAUAAACAGUUUUGAAGGCGAAGACAUAUUGAGCCCUUCAUCUUUCAGGGAUGGCAGCAUAGGAGCAAGCCACCCGAAUGCUUCCUCCAUUUCUUCUAUUGAUCGACAGCAGAAGGGACGAAAAUUAGGGGAGCAGUCUCCAAAGAACUCGGAGAAUACUGCGAAAGCCUUUGUGAGUCUUGAGGAUUUGUCAAUCAUGCCUGCGGAUGCGAAUGCUGGUGGGCAUGAUGGGGGUAUAUUGAACAAUUGCGGGAUCCUGCCAAACAACUGCUUACCAUGCCUCGUUGCCCCUGUAUCGACCGCUGAAAAGAGAAAAGCUUUAUGCUCAAGUCCACCAAACUCAGCCAAAAAGACAUCCUUGAAGCUUUCCUUCAAGUGGAAGUCAGGGGAAGCACAUUCCACAUCUACAUUAUUUUCUACAAGGCCCUUUCUUGAAAAGCCACUAGCAGGUUCUCAAGUUCCUUUCUGCCUGCUAGAGAAGAAAAUUCUUGAUAGCUGGUCACAUAUAGAGCCCAGCACAUUCAAAGUACGGGGGCCACAUUACUUUAGGGACAAGAAGAAAGAUUUUGCUCCAAAUAAUGCAGCAUACUGUCCAUUUGGUGUCGAUGUCUACCUGUGCCAGCAAAAAAUUAAUCACAUUGCUCGAUUUGUGGAACUCCCCAAUUUGAGUUCAUCUGGCAGGCUCCCACCUAUUCUUGUAGUUAAUAUUCAGGUUCCACUUUAUCCUGCUACUAUUUUCCAGAGUGAAACUGAUGGUGAAGGAAUGAGCUUUGUUUUAUAUUUUAGGCUUUCUGAAGAUUACUCAAAGGAACUUCCAUCUCAUUUCUUGGAGAAUAUUAGGAGGAUAAUUGAUGAUGAGGAAGAAAGGGUCAAAAGUUUUCCUAUGGACACAUUUGUUCCCUUCAGAGAAAGGCUAAAAAUCCUCGUCCAUGCAGCAAAUUUGGAGGAUCUUCAUUUAAGCACUGCUGAGAGGAAGCUUAUAAAUACGUACAAUGAGAGGCCUGUUCUUUCUCGUCCACAACAUGAUUUCUAUUCGGGCAAUAACUACUUUGAGAUUGAUUUGGAUAUACAUCGAUUUAGUUACAUCGCGAGGAAAGGAUUUGAAGCAUUUCUUGACAGGCUGAAGUUUUGUGUAUUGGACUUUGGCCUAACAAUACAGGGGAACAAGCCUGAAGACUUGCCAGAGCAUAUCUUGUGCUGUGUGCGGCUGAAUAAUAUCGACUACACCAGUUACCUUCAACUUGCAGUUAACUCGCAUCUGGCACAAUGAACUGCUAACCAACACAAGUGUUUGAUUGUUUAGAUAUCGACAAUUCCCAAAUCUUCAUACCCCAUUGCAACUAAAACAACCACUGACAGGCACAAAAAAAAAACUUGCUGAAGUAGUUACAGAUAGGCAUGAAGAAGAUUUCUACAAACUGUGAAGAAGCCCUCUUUGACAAUGGACGGAUGCAAGCAGGGCUUCGACUUGUGGAAAAAAUAAAGUUCGAUUCUUCGAAUGUGGUCAGGACGAUGCUCUCUGACAUUUACACAUUUACAAGUUGAAGCGCGAAAGGUGGAAACACAAAAGUUUGGCAUUGAUGUCGCAUUUGUAUCUCCCGCGACCGCAGAAAUGCAUGCUGAAUAAAAGAAAAAAAUAUAUAUUCUUGGGUGCUCCAGCUUUCAAGCAUCUGGAUGUCUCUCAUAUUCUUAUCUCCGGCAUGUGCACAUUAACAAAAGCAGAAAUUGUAGUUUGGUUGUAUGUUCGAGUGUUGAAAUGAGAUGAGCUGAGAGCUGCAAAAAUAAUGAUAAGAAACAGAAGCAAGAAGAAGAGUUGUGUGGUUUGGCCUUUUCAUGUUCGUUUACGGACAGAGUUUGCAGUGAUAAUUUGUAUUACUUCAGCCUGUUGGCCGAUGUGAUGUAUCGCAGCAGUCCAACAAAAUAGAAAACAAAAG